AAGUCUCAAAAUGCCUGUGAGAGCGGUGGAAAAAAUUGCCGAGAAAUGAGGGGGACGAAGCACGGAGUGUUUGGUCGGACAAUAAAACGCAGCUGAGGCUGAGCAGUCCAGCUGAGAAAAUUAAUCUACCUGCAAUACUCCAUUGAUUAUCUAAAGGGCAAAUCUUAUAUUGAGAGGAAGAGACUCUUUCAGGAUUUCCACAGAUCAUCUUAUGCUAGAGACUCGAUCAAUGAAAUACAAUAGAGCUAGUGAAAUGCAAGUUCUCCCGGUUGCAGCUGCCCCCUGGAUUCUGCUUCAUCUAACAACAUAAAACUAAAUUCUCAUCAUACUAAGAUAUUAGAGUAGUCCGUUGUUCUGCACAUUUGAGACGCUCUAUAUACAUUUUGUAGUCUAAUUGCAUUGUUACAAUUCCCACCUCUAUCAAUGUCUCUCCGAAAACCUCCUCUCCCUCGACUGCUCUUAAAUAAUGUUUCUUGCAUGAGAAAUGCCCAGCAAAUUCUUCGUCACGUAAAUGUAUCAGUUCAUGAUGGUGGUGCACUCGUGCUUACCGGCACCAAUGGGUCAGGCAAAAGCACUUUUUUGCGUAUGCUAGCUGGCUUUUCUAAACCAUCAGCUGGAGAGAUCCUCUGGAAUGGUCAUGAUAUAACUAAAUCUGGAAUUUUUCACCAGUACAAGCUUCAGUUAAACUGGCUCUCCCUAAAAGAUGCUGUCAAAGACAAGUUUACAGUACUCGACAAUGUACAAUGGUUCGAAGUUCUUGAAGGCAAGCAAGGGAGAGCACUACCUGCUCUGGAACUUAUGGGGCUUGGAAGAUUGGCUAAAGACAAAGCAAGAUUGCUUUCCAUGGGGCAGAGAAAAAGGCUUCAAAUUGCAAGAUUGCUUGCCAUAGACAGGCCCAUUUGGUUGCUCGACGAGCCAUCAGUGGCACUGGAUGACGAUGGAGUAAAGUUGUUGGAGCAUGUUAUUGCAGAACAUAGAAAGCAGGGUGGGAUUGUGAUUGUUGCCACCCACUUGCCUAUCCAGAUCGAGGAUGCCAUGUACUUGAGGUUGCCACCCCGUUUUCCAAGAAGAAUAACUUUUGUGGACAUGCUUGAUCGGGGUGAUUAGAAGCUUAAUGCUAUAUUUAUCUAUACUAAUAUUUUUCUCAGUCCUUUUUGGAUGGGCAUAGAAAGCAUACAUUUGAUAACCGAUUUAUGAAAGUCUAUACUGGUGCUGAAAUAUGUAGCCUUUUAGAAGCACAUUGGUGGGGCUAGUAGGGGUUUAUGACCGCAUUGCAGUGUUUUUAUUAUCUUGAACAGAUUUUUAUAGUUUUAUCAUACUGGUGGCACGCACUUAAUUUCUUUUAUA